AUGGUGAGGUUUACCAGAGUUACUGACUGAUUUUCGAAUUAAGAACUCUUUUCUGAUCAUUGCUAUUGCUCUUAUCGGAUGCUCGGCUGCUCAGCUUCUGACAAACGGUGAGCAAGGGGAACGUUUAAUAUUUCCGUUCAGACGGAGCUGGGCGAAAGACCGGAACAGGCCCGGCCCAAAACUUUGAUCUAACAUAAGCCCGCAAAGUUUGGGUUCAUUCGGAACAUUGCAAGUAGACCAAAAGUUGAGGCCAAGGGAAGAGCUUAGGUAAUGCAAUGCCUGAAUUUCAGAAAAUGGUUCUGACCUUAAAUGCUCAUCCAAUUUCAGGCUCGGAGACCCGAUGUCCUCGAAAUGAGCGUUUCAUGAGUUGCGGCACCGCUUGCGAACCAUCCUGCGAGACCCCAAACCCGGUUAGCUUUUAACCCAUAUUUCUUCUGAAACUACAUGAGGUAGACCUCGAUAACGUGAAAGUUUUCAGCAAAUGUGCACGAAACAAUGUAUCGUCAACGUGUGCCAAUGUCUUCAAGGCUUCGUCCGUGACCCGGCCACCAACACGUGCGUCCGUCGGACUCGUUGCUCUGGCUCCAGCUCGACGACGGCUCCGCAUCGCUGCGCAGCCAACGAAACGUUCACCGAAUGCGGGACCGCGUGCGAGCCGAGCUGCACGAGCCCCGAGCCGAGAAUGUGCACGAUGCAGUGCAUUCUGAACGUGUGCCAGUGCACGCAGGGAUUCGUCAGAGGCCCCGGCGGAUGCGUCAGUCGUCGUGAUUGCUAA